AUGAUGUAUAGGAUCAUUGAAGUUUCACAUGGAUACCCACUGAAGGACUUGAAGUUCCUUGUUAAAGAUCGACGGACAAAUGAUAGUGAACUUGAAGUUCAACAAAUCAUACAUUUGCAAAGUGUUGCCAAUAAGUUACCAGAUGCGUUUAUAGAUAUCAAAAGGGUCACAAAAUCACAUAUUCCAGCUAAAAAUGUUCCAGCUCGUUUAGAAAUUCCUGAAGCGAUUCUUACUCAAUCAAAGAUAUCUGAGUCACAAAUACGCCGGAAGCGUGGUGGACCACUUGGCUCUAAAGAUGCAAAUCCUAGAAAUAAAAAGGAGCAUAUCAUCUCAAUUAAUCAUGACAGUAAUGUGACCACUAGUAAUGUCUUUAAGGAUAAAAUUCCUGAACCGAUUUUAUCUGAAAACUCAAUAUAA